GCCGGAAACAGUCGCUUUCUGGGUCCGGCAGGACCUGCGACGACUGGGAGUUGGGCGCAGAGGGGCGCUAGGGGGAGCUGGGCGUAAAAACACGCAGGCGGCUGCGCUCGGGCUGGGGCGGCCUUAGGAACGGACCGGAAGUGCUUGAGCGAGGCGAAGCUCCGCUGAUCGCCUGGGGCCACAGCCACGCACAGACCAUGUUUCUGAUGCGCCUGACUUCCCAGCUGCUCAGGGCUGUUCCCAGGGCAGGCUGCCAUGGACCCUGGCCUGUCUUAGGAGUGCUGGGCAGGCAUGCCUGCAGGCCUUGCUAUAGCACGAAGCCAACAGGCCCAAGUGGGGUUGCCUCUCUCCCUGGCAGGCGGGUCCACAUGGAACUUGAGGAGAUGCUGGUCCCAAGGAAGAUGUCCAUCAGCCCCCUGGAGAGCUGGCUGACCAUUCGCUACCUCCUACCGAGACUGGACACUGGGGUACCAGGGACUGUGUCUCCAGCCCAACUCUAUGAGUGUCCGCCCAGUCAGGUGGGCGAAGGGGUCGAGCAGGGCGGUAAGGACGUCUGGGAUGCGCCCCAGAUGCAGUGCAGAAACGUGCUCAAGAUCCGCCGGCGGAAGAUGAAUCAUCAUAAGUACCGCAAGCUGGUCAAGAGGACCCGGUUCCUGCGGCGGAAAGUCAGGGAAGCACGUCUGAAACGGAAGCAGAUGAAGUUCGAGAGAGAUCUGAGGCGCAUCUGGCAGAAGGCAGGCCUGAAGGAAGCCCCCCCAGGCUGGCAGACCCCCAAGAUCUACCUGAAGGGCAAAUGAGUCUCCAGUCUCUGUCUCCCACCCCCGUGACUGCUGAUGCCUGACGAUAAUAAAUGCUCUGGGAACUCGACUGUCCCUACUGGCCUGGA